AUGAAGUUCUACAUAUUUGCUGGAUGUGGGAUUUCUCCGCGUCUUGCGGAGAUAUGUGUGCAGCGGGCGAAAGGCAACUUUAGUCAGCCUCUCAGCCUUCCGCCAUCCAAUCACGACCAUUGUUUUGGAGACUAUUAUGCCAAGCACACGCCUCUUUCUUCUCCAGGGGCAGCGAAGCACGCCCUGCGGACUCGAUUCUCUGGAACAUUUGGUGGCGUCAACAUUCGAGGUGUUGCAGGGGUAUCAGCGCAAGACGUAUACCUGUACUCUUCUGGGAUGCACGCUAUUUGGCAGUCCUACAAGCUGCUCCAAAAUGUCUUCGUUUCUCCAAAGAACAAUGUCAAAGUUGCUCAUGUCAAUCUCCUGUAUUGCGACACAUAUAAGUUUGUCGAUCUUCCUGGCUCUCCUGGACACCACUUCUUCACCGAUGAGACUAUGGAUGAAUUGGAGGCCUUACUCAACACUGGGACACCCGCUCAGCCUGCGGUUCUCGCUAUUUUCACCGAUUUUCCCGGGAAUCCCCACUUACAGAGCACCAAUAUUCUCAAACUUCAUACCCUUGCCCGUCGUCACGGUGUUCCCCUUAUAGUGGAUGAAAGCGUGGGCGGACUUUUGAAUGUUCAACUCUUGCCGCAUUGCGAUGUGAUUGUGAGCAGCUUGACCAAACUCUUCAGUGGGUUUGCCAACGUUUUGGCUGGCGCGAUCUUGUUGAACCCUUCAUCUUCAUUUUAUCCUCGAUUCAAGAGCACUCUUGACGCAACUUAUGAAGACACUUUCUUUGAUCAUGACGCACUCGUUCUUGAACUGAACUCGAGAGGCUAUGUGCAGCGGACUGCGAUUACCAAUCGUCACGCUGAACAGCUGGGCGAUAUGUUGUAUCCGCUCUCUCGAAUCGGUGGGGCACGCGACUCUGUCCUGAAAGCGGUUCAUUACCCGAAGUAUCGCGCACGCGAAAACUUCGACCAGGUGCGGAACCCUCUGGCAAGCGAAGCUGGGCUCGAAGAAACGGGCUAUGGAUCUCUUCUCUCUGUCACGUUUACUUCUCUCGAUGCCGCCAAAGCAUUCUACACAUCGCUGCAGUGCUAUAGAACCCCCACAUUCGGCACUGUCUUCACAUUAGCCACGGCCUGGUCAGCGCUCGCUUAUCCUCCAGACAAAAUGGAGUGGCUUGAACAGCGCGGCGUGGAGGAGUGUUUGGUUCGUAUCAGCGUUGGAAUGGAGGGCAUCAAGGCAAUAAUGGAGUGUGUUCGAGAUGCGUUGCAUGUAGCUCAAAGCAGUUGA